AACCGUGGGAUCGAAUCAGGCAAACUCCACCUCGCCGUCUUGAACCAAUGCACAACUCCUGACUUGAAACCCACCCCAGCACCGAGUGAGCUCAGGGACUUGAACUCCAACCAAGCACAUGAGCUCAGCAGUGCUGCAGAGCUGAACCCACGAGCGGACCCAGCAGCACCCAGAGUUACGGGGAGCCCUGAGUAGGAAUGCUGUGCUGGGGAAGCGUGCACAUGAUGAAGUGGAGGCAGCUUUUCUGGAUCGCGUUCUGCCUUGUGAAGUUGUCUGGUACCGCUGCUGACAGCCCCACAGACAGCUCAACUGCUGUGUCCUUGGCCGUGGCAACAGCACAGAGCAGCACUGGCAGUGUGGCACCCACCGGCAUCAUGGGCAGCACUGCACCGACGCAGGACAGCAAUCCUGCAGCCACUGCUCAACCCACAUCAGGCAGCCCCAGUUCCCCAGGACUCAGCAGUGAGCACAGCCCCCAGUUCAGCACCCAUCCCAGCACCCAUCCCAGCACCCAGAGCAGCACUCAGAGCAGCCAGACCCCCACACCACUGCUGGACAACCAUCCAGAGGACACAAGCAGUGGGGCACCCACCACGCUGAGCCCAACACUGCACCCCAGAACGACAGCAGCUGCACACCCAUCUGCAUCAACAUCGCUCAGCUCCACGGCCACCCCCAGACUGACGGCGGUCUCGGAGGACACCACACAGCUGCACACAUCUGGUGGUGUCAGCAAGCCCAUCACGUGCCACAACAUCAAAGAAGUGAGCGACAGCGGAGCCCUCUGCCUGCGGCUCAACGAGUCCCACACCUGUAAACAUUUUUUGGAUACGAAGGGCUCAGAUUUAUGGAGCACGAUCUGUGAAGAGGAUGCUCACCGUGUUCCCCCACCCUGCCAGAUCAAACUCGCCAUGUCCGAGGUGGACCAGGAGUGCCUGCUGCUCAUCCUCGAUGGGAACACAGAUCCUGCUAUGGAUGUGCUCCAGGAGUCUCAAUGGGAAAAGUUCGGAAUCAAAUCCCUCGAACGGGGCAGCGUGCGGAGCCACCAGGACUUUUCUCGGAAGACACUGACGGCUUUGGUCACCUCUGGGCUCCUGCUGGCAGCUCUGGGCACGGCUGGGUACUUCCUGAUGCGGCGGCGGAGCUGGAGCCCUGCAGGACAGAGGCUGGAUGAAGACCACUACGACCUGGAGACUGGCAGCCAGGGCAGCCCUGCACCGCAGGAGAAGCCGAGUGCCAACGGGGCGCAGGAGAACGGCGCAUCCCGCAACGGCCGCGGCACGGCGCAGAGCCUGGCCGACAGCUCCAUGUGACCCCACGGAGUGCACGAGUGCCUCACACUGAACUUUUUCAUCAUUUUUUUUAUAUUCUUUUUCUCGUUUCCGUGAAGAACUUCACCGUUGCCCCAAAGCACGUUGCGCUCCAGCGCUGCUUGGGGCCGUUUCUGUGCUCUCCUUCCUUCUUCCAAUGAUCGCACAGGGAACUUCUUUUCUGCCAUCCUCUGCUCUUGUUGUUAAAAGCACACGGUGAGAAAUGCAGCUGAACAGAGGAGGCUGAAGCCACGAUCCGAGUUGCAGCGGUGAUCUGAGCACCAGCAGCCCCAGGAUUCGGUGGUACCGUGAUUUAAAUAGUUAGAUUGGGAUUCCGGUGACACGAACCUUUCAGGUUUCAGGGAUUUCUGUUUUUUUAUCUCGUCCUUAAGCACAGGACGUCUUCUUCCUUUAAGAGCAUGGGGUGUUUAAUCCCCUCCUCGCCCUUUGUGCCAUCUUUGACAUUCUUUCGUCUCUUAGAAUGUACUGAAGCUCCGUGUAACACUUCCAACCUGGCAUUGAAGGCUGAAAUACAAACAGACCUUGAGCCCUACUGACCCCACCAGGGUGCAGGUAGAUGUUUUAAGGUGAUGUCUCGCCCAUCUCCCAGCUUGGAGGUGGCAUUAACACCACAGUAGUGAUCCAUCAUCGUGUCGUCCCAUCACCCCACCCCACAAAAUGGAGCUUUGGCCUCCAUAGGACUUUGGGAACAGAAGAUGCCAAAGGGCUGCUGGUCAGACAUCUGCUGGACUCCGUGAUGGACAUUUCCAUUCAGACAAAAACAAAGUAUUUUUACUUUACAGUAACAAAAAGCCAAUGCUGAAAUGCCAAUCGCAGGAGCAAACCGAGCGCCGUUCCCCUGUGAACUGCUUCUCCCAGCCCUCAUUUUAAUCAUCUCAGUGAAAAAGAAAAAAAAAAAAGAGAAAAAAGAAGCAUUACAAAUGAGUGUCCUCAGAGCCGCCGCGUGUUCAUCCCGCUGGGACGUGGGGCUCAGGACCACACCUCAGUGAGCCCUUGUUUUGCAGCACAACGUGAUGACUCAAAGCUGUCCGACACGUCUGCUGGACGAGUGACGUGCAUCAAGUUAUUAAACGGCGUUUGUUUGAUUUUCUGAUGUUUACCACGUGCUGCUAAUUCCUGGAGAAAUAAACGAGGCUGCAGGCUGA